AAAUAUCUUUAAGAAAAAAUAGUGUCAACUUUUUGACAAAUAGAAAAGGGAAAAAAGUCCCAAUUUUUGCGAUCAUUGGUCGUUAGUGUUGUUAAAUUGCUAAAAUUCUGGUAAAGCAUUAACGUCACUGCCCGGCGGCAAACGUACCGGCGGCGGUGAGUGGUGGAAUUCAGCUUCAGCCGCCGGCAUACCGGAAGAAAACACAGACAAAAAUUCACGCACAUGAGCUGUUCGACAGUUUGCCAAGCUGUAGCAAGCUGCAUGAGUAUACCAAAUAGUACUAGUAGAAGUCCGGCCGUAUUCUCAAAUACCCAGAAAUUCGAUGGUGCAUUGGUGUUCCGUUCAUCUGUUUCGUAUAAUCGAGUGAAUGGUUUCUCCUCCUGUCGCUGCAGCGCCACUACGUCGGUUCCUCCUGGAGAGGAUGUAUUCUCAGUUGUCACUUCUUCGACAACGUCUGAAGUGGAUUACCUUGGCGAAAGCACCAAAGGCGAUUUGAAUCUCAAUUUUGGAAUUGAUGGCAAGGCAUUGCAAGGCCCUGUUGAGGAGGUGGCAAAGAUGGAAGCUCAAGAGGCAGAGAACUUGCUUCAACACUUGGGCAUUCCGGUUCCAUAUAAUGCUCGACAUUCGCCGCGUGGUAUAUUUUGCAGCCGCACAUUAAAUCUACGAUCAAUCAGUGCAAUUGGAUAUGAUAUGGACUAUACACUAAUGCACUAUAACGUGAUGGCCUGGGAAGGAAGGGCUUAUGAUUACUGCCUGGAGAAUCUGAGAAAUGUGGGUUUCCCUGUUGAUGGGCUUGCAUUUGACCCUGAUCUGGUGAUUAGAGGUCUUGUAAUAGACAAAGAGAAAGGUAACCUGGUUAAAGCAGACAGAUUUGGAUAUAUUAAGAGAGCGAUGCAUGGAACAAGAAUGCUCUCAACUCGAGAAGUGAGUGAGAUCUACGGGAGAGAACUGGUUGAUCUGCGUAAGGAGAGUAGAUGGGAGUUCCUCAAUACACUAUUCUCAGUUUCAGAAGCAGUGGCUUAUAUGCAGAUGGUAGAUAGGCUGGAUAAAGGAGUUAUAGGACCAGAUCUCUGUCCAAAUGAGUAUAAAGGGCUUUACAAGGCUGUCGGUAAGGCACUCUUCAGGGCACAUGUAGAAGGCCAGCUGAAGAGCGAGAUAAUGUCCAAUCCUGAAUUAUUUGUGGAACCUGAUCCUGAGCUACCUUUGGCAUUAUUGGAUCAAAAGGAGGCUGGGAAGAGGCUCUUACUCAUUACAAAUUCAGAUUAUCAUUACACAGACAAAAUGAUGCAGCAUUCGUUCAAUCGGUACCUUCCAAAUGAUAUGAGCUGGCGAGAUCUAUUUGAGAUGGUUAUAGUCUCAGCUAGGAAGCCAGAAUUCUUCCAAAUGGCGCACCCAAUGUAUGAAGUAGUGACUGGUGAAGGUCUGAUGCGUCCUUGUUUUAAGGCUCGCCCAGGUGGAUUGUACUCUGGAGGAAGCGCUCAGAUGAUUGAGAGUUCUCUUAACGUUCAUGGAGAUGAAAUCUUAUAUGUCGGUGAUCAUAUAUAUACAGAUGUAAGCCAAUCCAAAGUCCAUCUUCGGUGGAGAACUGCUUUGAUUUGUCGAGAACUAGAGGAGGAGUAUAAUGCGUUAAUUCAUAGUCAACAAGAGAGAGCUACUUUGAUAGAUCUUAUCAAUAAAAAAGAGGUUUUAGGUGAUCUCUUUAACCAACUGCGGCUUGCUCUUCAGAGGAGGACCGAGGGACGUCCUGCACAGACCCUUGCUGCCACACAUAUGGAAGAUAAUGAACUCACAGAAAGCAUGCAAAAGCUACUUGUUGUUAUGCAGAGGCUAGAUCAGAAAAUUGGUCCAAUGUUGGAUGAGGAUGGAGAGCUUUUCAACAAAAGAUGGGGUUAUCUUUCACGUGCAGGUCUGUGGGAUAAAAGUCACUUGAUGCGUCAAAUUGAAAAAUACGCUGAUAUUUAUACGUCCAGAGUUUCAAACUUUCUCCACUAUACACCUUUCAUGUAUUUCCGCGCCCAAGAACAGAAUCUCGCUCAUGAUUCAUACACAUUUGACCAUCUACGACGUGAGGAGAAUUAGCUGCUAACAGGAGCGGCAGAAUCUCACUAUAACUCUUGGCCAAUCCUUGUUGUAUUAUAUGUAGAUGUUGUAUUCGGCAUCAUCUAUCCUCCACUCUUGUACCCCAACCCCACAAUCCUGCUUCAACUUGCUGUUGGGGGACUCUAGUAUACGCUAUCGAAUGGCAUAGCUAUGCUAUUGUACAAGUAAACCGUUGAGGAAGGUCAUAAUAAUCACUAGAAAAACUUAAUUCAUCAAAUUGACUCAUGUUUAGUGAAAUUUAGAUCUCUUUGAUGAUGC